AUGGAACCACUCGCACCCAUCAAAAAACCCAUCGCUAUCCGUCCGGAACAUGUUGCUUCCUCAACCACAACAAUUCAAGUGAAGCAACACAGUGUGGGCUGGUCCAGCGGCAACUUCACAAUUUCAAGCACCCCAACUGCCGAAGAGCCCCUUCUAAACAAGCUCUUUAGCGUGGACGGUGAUAUUGCAUCAUGGUCUCAGCGACGACAUUUCUGUGACGCCUCCGGCCUUCCCCUUUUUGAUAUAUCUCGGAAAAAGGCAGGAGUAACAUGGUAUAUCCAUCGUCCCAACGAAAGCAGCAGUAAAGAAGCCGCUUCCGAACCUAUUGCUACAGUUGUGCCUCAAUGGAGCGCCCUCAAAGACAAAUUUGAUGUGCAUCUUCAGAAUGCUGCUGCAAAUGGAGAGGAGACAAUACUGGAGGUUCGCGGGCAGAAUAUCUGGAAGACCAAAACAAACGUUUAUCACUGUGGUAAUUUGGUGAUGGUGGUAAAAUUGAUGGAUAUUGCUGCGGUGUACCUCCCCAUAAAACGCCCGUCAUGGGAAGUGGUGGUGGCAGAAGGGAUGGACCUUUCGCUAGGCUCAGUCAUUGCUGUUCUUCUAGCUACAGUGUUAUACCAGAGCAGCGGCAAAGGGAAGGCGCCGGUGAAGAGCGACGGCCCCACUGAGGGAAACAAGAGAUAA